AUGGCUCAAGCUCAAAAACGAACCAUUCUCAUAACUGGCUGCUCAGAAGGUGGAGCAGGCCAUGCACUUGCUCUCGAGUUCGCCGCGCGAGGCUUUCGAGUCUUCGCAACAGCCCGCUCAACAAAAUCACUCACAACUCUCGAAUCAAAAGGAAUCGAAACACUCGCCCUCGACGUAACAGAUGAAUCCAGCAUCGCCUCUCUAAAAGCAGAGAUAUCAACCCGAACAAGUGGAAAAUUAGAUAUAUUAUUCAACAACGCCGGAACCAUGAUCGACUCCCCCGCCAUCGAAGCCUCCCCCGCAGAAGUCCAAGCCAUGUUCCACACCAACGUCUUCGGCCUCUUCAACGUAAUCCAAUCCUUCACCCCCCUCCUCCUCGCCGCCGUCCACUCCUCCUCCAACCCCAGCCCACCGACUAUAAUCAACACCGCCUCCGUCGUCGCCCGCGUUCCCAUGCCGCUCACAGCCCACUACAACGCCUCCAAAGCAGCCGUCGCCUCCUACUCCGACACGCUGCGUCUCGAACUCGCACCCCUCGGCAUCAAAGUCGUCACGCUCUUCAUGGGCGUCGUCUCCACGAAUAUAGUCAAGUCAGAGAACAUCUCCUUCCCGGAAUCCAGUCUUUACAAACCGCUCGAGCAGGGGCUGAGGAAUCGGAGCGUGAAUCAUCUGCGUGACGGCAUGACGACGCGGGUUUUUGCGAAACAGGUCGUGGAUAGUGUGCUCAAGAGUCCCGGGAUGGGGAAGGCGGAGUAUUUGUGGAAGGGGGGACAGGCGGGACUGGUUUGGGCGUUGGAUAAGUUGGGGUGGAGGAAGGUUUUUGAUGGGAAUGUGCUGGGGGGUGUGGGGUUGACGGCGGGGGUUGGACGGGCGAUUUUUGAGAGGGGGAGGGUGAGUGUUGUGGGGGGGAAGUAG